AGUGCGGCGCGGUACCGCGAGCGUCAGACUUGUGUCCGCUUGUGAACGCAUCCGAAACGCCGGCUUCCGAAUUCGAAAAUUUUCCGUUUUAAAAAGAAAAUGUGAGUCUUUUAAAAGUAAACAACAUCUAUGGUUCAUUCCAAUUUCAAAUACGUAAACCGUUAAAAUGGAUACGACGUAAACAAACAUUUGAUUUAAGAAAAAAAUGUGUUAAAAUGUACUCAAAAGUGAAAAUAAAAUGACUGUAAAGUGAUGUGUAUGUAAUGAUGGCUGCUAAAAUUCUUGUUAUCGCUUGGGCGGCCUGGCUCGCGUUGCCAUUGGCAACGAGCCAUCUAAAUGUUCUCAUCAGCCAAGCUGAAGUAAUGAAGUUGUUAGGUCUAGACGCCGAACUCUACUACGUGAGAGAAGGCGUAGUUAAUAAAUACGCGACCGGCUUCACCGUGCCCGUACCAGCGCAUAUUGCAGACUUGGAGUUCAUGUGGCAAGCGUUGGGCGGGAGACCGCUGCCGUACGUGAUGGGUAUAGACUACGAGAGCCGGGGCGCCAUGCUGCCGCCGCAAGUCAAUAUAUCUGAGCGAGGGUUUGUGCCUACCACCCUACAGACUUUUAGGGUUCGUUUGCCGUGCACUGGCGUCAGGAGUGCAGAGAUCCUAGUAACUAUGCAGCUCAACAUAUCGGCACCCGAUCGAGCGCAUAAGGACGUGCGGUUGAUAUUCAAAAGGAACAAGAUUUGUUUGAAAGGUCUAUCAACAGUAGUGACACACAAUGAAACAGCUCGGCUUGCUGGUGACGCGUCACAAACAUCUGGUGGCGUACUAUUUGCUGCCGGUGGCUGUGCAGCGGCUGCGUUAGCGCUGCUCACCGCUGCAGCAGCUGCGGGGACCCUGUACAAGAGAGGCAGUAAAGCGAGGCAUCAUGAUUCUAUACACACAUCGUAUACAACAGCUGCGUACGGGAGUCACCAGAAUGUUCUUCUAAGGCUCGAUACUCUUGGAAGACCACCGAGUUCGACAGGAUCUUAUGCCACCAUUGCCAGCUUACACAAAUUUCCUUUUGGCAGUCGUCGGUCACCGUCUCCUUAUGCGACCACACACAUAGGAGAACAUGUAUACGCUAAACCGGAGUCAAGAGUAUCGUAUUAUGCUGCGUCUAAUCUCACACAUGUCUCACAACAAACUAUAACCAAAGACCGUAUCACGGAUCCUGCAGAACAACUCCGACUCCUAACGACUCCUCGUUCCAAUAUUCGCUUAGAGAUCCUCGUCCAUGAAGGUACCUUCGGCAGGGUCUACAAAGGAGUCUUCAAGAAAGGAGACACGUACGAAGAAGUAGUUGUCAAGACUGUUACAGAUGCGGCAUCAGCAAUGCAAGCAGCAUUACUAGUGGCUGAAGGUUUACGACUGUUCAGUCUAGUACACACGAACGUGUUAACUCCAAUGGCGGCCUGUGCUGAGGAAGCGAGGAAGCCACUUCUAGUAUAUUGCUGUCCAUCUCAUUCUUCUAAUCUUAAAAGGUUCCUAACAUCAUGUCGGCUGGGCCACCAGGCGGCCCCGGCUACACGAGAGUUAGUGGACUUAGGAGCUCAAGUGGCCUGCGGCCUGGCGUACUUGCACGUUCAGCGAUUAGUACACGCUGACAUUGCCGCCAGGAAUUGUGUGGUGGACGAGAAAUUAAGGCUGAAGGUGACAGACAAUGGUCUAUCAAGGGAUCUGUUUCCUGAUGACUACCAUUGUCUGGGGGACAAUGAGAACCGCCCCGUCAAAUGGAUGGCUCCUGAGACACUGCUGCAGAAUCAGUACACUACGGCUUCUGAUGUGUGGUCAUUAGGAAUAACUUUAUGGGAACUGGCAACUCUUGGCGCGUCGCCAUUGGCUGAGCUAGAUGCAGCUGAUGUAGGAGCGUUCCUGAGUGGAGGAUACCGACCUUCGCAACCGCACAACUGUCCUGAUGAACUGUACGGCUUAAUGUCUUGGUGCUGGACCCUGGCUCCUCCAGCCAGACCAACAGCUCCUCAGCUCCUAGCAGCUCUUCACGACUUCAGGCAAGCUCUCAGCACUUAUAUCUAGAUCUAGACAAUUUACAAUUUCUACCAAAGUUUUCAAUCUAGUCUUAAUCCAUACUUGUCAAUUUCUCUUAAACUCUUGGCACUAUAUUUUCCGUUUUCUUCAAUACCAAUGUGCCUGCCAAAGUAUCAAAAUUAAUAACAUAAAAAAUCGCUUUUAUUUUUAAAACCAAAAUGUAAAUUCUGGCUUAAUAAUGACCUUGUAAUUCCCGGUAAGAUAAUGAUAAUGAUAAUUUAAAUGAUUUUAAAAUGUUUUAUUUUCAUUAAAAAUAUAUACAAUAAAAAAUAGACAUUGUACAUUAACAUGCUAACGUUAGGAAUUGAUGUGAAAUGUAUAUUUUCAAAUAAAGUUAAAAAAGUGAUAUAUUUAAUAAUAAUUAAAUCAUAAUUUCUUAGUAAACGACUUUGAGACGCUAGGUGAAAGUAAUUAUUAUAAUAAAAUAAAAAUUUGAAUACAUUUGAAUGGAAUACCAAAAUAAAAAUAAACAUUGAUGUAUUUAAUAAUAAUUUAGCACAAAAAUUAUUAUUAAGAAAGUAAAAAUUUAAAAUGUACAGUUUUCUCUUUUUACCCAAUUUGGUUAAGGGAAAAAAGUCUUGAAUAAUGUCUAGAUUUAAGGAGUUCUUACUCAUUACGUGGUAAAGACUAAGAAAUAAUUAAAACGAUGGACUAAUUAAAUUUAAAUACUUUUUAAUGAUCGUCUAUUUAUCUAUUACUACUAGUAAUUAUAACAUAAAAAUAAUCUAGAUGCAAUAAUUUCAAAGGUCCUCCAUACACAACACUGGAAAAUAUCUAAGAAUGGAAAUGAAAAGAAUCAAAAUAAAAUUAAUUUCGACUUAUAAUAAAUUCUUGUGUACAAUGCAGUACUAUAGUUAAUUGCACAAAAAAUAAAUAUAAAAUAACUUUAAAACACGUUGAACUGAAGGUACGUGCAAUUCAAAAUAACAUCGGCACCGGUACAAUCAAAUAGAAACCCAAUUUACUAGAGCAGAAGAUCGAAGAUAGAUCGUAGAGUGUAACUAAUUCUAAGCCUGUGUACAUACGGAUUCGAUGCAAAAGGAAUUUAAUUUUUGAUUAGAGAAAGCUGACGCUUUUUAAAUGGAGAAAUUGAUCGGUUAACCAAUGGCAGACUAGAAUACUUAUUUUGACACCUGUCAAAUUUGACAGCUGUCAAACAAGUAUUUUUAGUGAACUGUACUAUAUGGUGCUGCCAUUGAAUAAUCUGAUGAGUAUUCUUCAUUGUUAAAAAAUUAACUAUUAUUAUUGUAAGAAUUAUUAAUAACGUGGCCAUACUGAUGACUUCAGUUGAUUGCACGAGAACUUUGUAUCAUUGUUUCUAUUAAAUUAUCUCCUUGUUCUUACUGCUGUACUCAUAGUCAUUUAAUGGUUACUUAACGCAGUCCUUAGCAAUUUUUGGAACAUAAUCGUUACUAAAGAAUAGUUUAAGUAAUCGUUGAAUGACUCUGAGUGUGGUAAUAAGAGUUUAAUAAUUAUUAGACAUUGUUUUUUUAAACUGAUACUUUUGUGUCUCUAUAGUGAAGUAACUGAAUUGUUUUAUUUUUCGGCUAACUAAUGUAAUCAUCAUCAGUCUUCUCAUGAAAGUUAUAAUAUGAUCUUAGUAACAUUUUUAAUACAGAGUUAUCGUGCAAUCAAUAUGAAGUCUUUAAUAAAUCUAAGUACUAAUAUAAGAAUCCCAGUUUCAUUUUCUUUGAUCACACAGUUUUAAAAGAAAACAAAUUUCUUCUUCUCAUUGAUUUAAAUAAAAUACCCUUAUUUUGUUACCUCUCAAACUGGGCCCUAACUAAUUCAUUUAGGAUUAGGUGAGUUUUAAAACUAAGUCCAAAGAGUUAAAUCAAAUCAAAGAGACUUCCAAAGAAUUCCUAAUUCCGUACUAAUUCAAUUUAGGUAAUCACUACAGUCACUAAAGAUCUCGAAGAAAUUAAUUUUGAACCUUAUACCAAAGUAAUUAAAUCAGUAUUUAAGUGAGCCGGUGAGGCAUUAGGAAUAAGUAAAAUUAAUUUAGUUUUAAGAGUUCCUGAGGACUUCUAGUCCGUCCAGGCCAGCAAAAAGGAUCAAACACCAAAACAGUAGUUAGUUCAUGGCUUUGUUAACGACGGGCUUCAGGGAAUUUAAACUUUAUCUCUCUGUUAUGAAAGUUUAUAAUCCAUUGAUUUAUUUUUUUAUAGUACGACUAAAUAAUUUUGGUCCUAUAUAUGUGCAAUAUUAUUAAUAUUAAGUACGAUUUUUUUUUAGUGUACUUUAUUUUAUCGUGUGUCACAAAUGUACAGGUUGUUUCAUUUGUUUAAAAUAAAUUCUUUGAAGCCAAAAUUCCGUACGACGAGCAUGAAACAGAAAUAUUUGUCUAUUAUACCACAAUUAUAAAUAGAUGUUAUACUGUAAUCGAAUGUAUGUUAUAGAUAAAAUGGAAACUGAUCAAUGAUAGCGAAAUAUAUUGUAAAUAAUAAAGUAAUAUUCGGUAAUAAUUAAUAAUUAUCAUAUUUUUUGUACUAAAAAGUGGAACUUUUGUUGGAGUAGACGUAUUUCGAUUUGAAAAAUUCAGUAUCGAACUGAAUCAUUGCGAUUGUCUUAAUAUAUCUUAAAUCUGUACCCUUAGUAUGAGUUUUCUUUACGUUUAAAGUAAUUGAAACGAGAGCGCGUUCGGCGCUCUCAUUGGCCGGCUCGAAUAAUCCAACCAAUCAGAGCCGAACGCGCUCUCGUUUCCAUCAUGUCAAACGUAAAGUUAACUCUUACUAAGGAAACUCUUUUCUCUAAGUGUAUACCUAUUUUCACUUAUCUAGUGUUGCUCGAAUUUCCCUUCACUUAAGCUAUUGAAGAAUUAAAUGUUUACGUUUAAGUUUCUAUUAAUAUUUUGUUGAACUUUAUCGUCCAUUUUAAAACAGCUGUAAUAUACAAUAUCGUAGAUUUUUGUUAUUUAUACGCAGUUUAUGUUAUGCCAUUGUUAAAUGACUGUCAACUUUACUUAGCUUAAAUAUAAAGCGGAAUUUAGCUUGAGAAGAGGCAAAAAUGAAAAAUAAUGGACCGAAGAGUACCCUGUAACUUUUGAUUUGAAAUUUUGUAAGUAAUGUAUGUACAUGCUAUGCUAUCUAUAUUACGUAAACUGUAUGGAAAACGCGUUAUGGAUAAUACAGGGUGAAAAACUCUUAGGCAUUAUAAUGCAUUAGACGUGUCGAAUGGAAAAAACAAUUGGGUUGCGCUUUUCGAAUUAGCUUGUAAUUUUUAACAUUUCUGCUAUCGUAAUAUCGUUGUUGUGACAUAAAAAUCUAGUAAAUGUAUUCCUUUCUUUUUAAUAAUUCCGUGUUUUUUAUUUACAAUAAAUGUUCCAUGUUGUCCACUGAUAAAUAAAUAAAAAUGUCAUAGAAUAUUUUUAAGAACAUGCUGUAUGAUAAAUUCUAGAUUUAAAACGAAAUGUCAUUUGAAUGUAAUAGAUGUCGCUAGAUUACUAUUUAAAAAUGGAAUAUUCAGAUUUAAAAAAAUUGUAUUAGAAUCGUGCCCUUUAACUGAUAAGUACUAACUUCUCUCUGUUCUCCUAAAAACUUGACUUUCCUUUCUCCUUUUCUCGAAUUUUCUUCAUAAAAAUAUUGCUAAAAAUAAUAUUUUUUUAAAUACCACCGAUGAAUAUUAAAUGUAAGAAUUUAUAAAUUUAUAGAUUGAUGUGUGGAAUAAAGUUGUAUGGGAAUUGAAGUCAUAAUAUAUGACUAGAGUGCCAGACGAAUGUGAUUUUGUAUGUUAAUGUUACGAUGUGUUUAAAUGUUAGUUAUAAGUGACGUAAUUGUUUAUUUAAUGAUAAGUGGAUGUAUGUAAUAUUAUGUAAUCGAUCUGGCUUCAAUGAUAAUUACGAUGAACGAAAUAAAAAUGUUAUUUUAUAAUAA